AUGUGGUCACAAAUGUCAAUGCUGGUGCUAAUUGCGGCGACACUAAAAGCAUUCACGGUGUUACCGUAUGUACAAAUUGACUUUGUUCACUAUUUCAGAUUAGCACAAUGUGAUGCAAAAUGUGCGGAAAAGUAUUCAAAAUCAAUCAAGCGGCGCUUAAAUGACGGAACAUUUAUCAAAUAUUAUGGUAAUGAUGGAGAUCAUUACAAACUUUGUAUAACUGGUUGUAAUCGACGACGAAUGACUGCACGACGAGAAAAAAAUGGUACGACAAAUGCGCUAAUGGCAGGAAUGCAAUUUUGGAUGGAUACAAAUGCAUAUGCAAGUCGAACUGAUCACUCACCCAUUAAAAGUGUUCAAUUAGGUUGUAUGGAUGUUGUAACAUCACAAGAUGUCAAUGAUUUCGAGGAUACAAUUGAAGGCUUAGUUUUUGUCAAUACCAAUGAAACGGAACAAUAUCCGAUCCGUUACAUUGUUCAAUGGAAACAACGAACAUAUGAUGGCAGUCCAACCGGAGAAAAUGGUUGGAUUACUGCUUCGAUUGAAUCAGAACCAAUAUUUAAAGUUGAGGGUAUGAUACCGAUGAUGCAAUACAGAUUUAUGGUUACUGCUGUUGGACCCGGUGGACGUUUGGGUGGGCCAAUAAUGAGUAACUGGGCACAAUCAUUAACGGUCGAGGAAAAGUUACGCGUACCUGGUAUUGGACCAAUGAUGAUUGCAACACAGUACAAUAAUGAAGAUGGCUUGUGCGCAUUAGUGAAAUGGUAUCACUCACCGUAUCAGCUUGAAUUAUCACCGAAUAUCUUAGAUGAUAGGCUGGCAUUGUUUGGUAACUGUCAUUAUAGUAUUACCAUACUCAAUGAAACGUCACAGGAAACUGUAUUGUUUACAUUGGACAAUGGAAAUGGUAUUUUACUAUCAAAUUUGCAAUUCUCAACGGAAUAUUCUGUAGCAGUACGAUCGAUCUCAUCAGUAAUGGUAGUAGAUUCAUCAUUGUUGCAACAAAAGAAUAUGUCAACUGCAGGUGACACAAAUGACAUACUAGAACAAAAAUUCUUUACACCAGCAUGUAAUGAAGUAUUUGGUUCAGGAAGUCUUGAAUGUGCUCCUGAACCAGUUAAGAAUUUGGAGGCAAUAAUAAAUCCAAAUGGAUCAGUGCAAAUUCAAUGGAUACCAUCAAGUGAACCAAAUACUAUAUUAGUUUAUCAAUUACUUUAUCAAUCGUUAACAAAUCAUCAUGAUUGUGAUAAUGAUCCUUCUAGUAUUUAUAUCAAUGCGGGUUCAACAACUGCAACAAUACAAUUACACGGUCGAACACAUUGCGAAUAUUCGAUUAAAUUAAUUAAUUACGAUUUAAUUGGACGUGAAGCAAGUUGUAAUAAAAAAGAUACGGUAACAAUUUUAUGA